AUGUCUGGCUCCCAGUUCGAUCCAACACGUUACUACCACCUCACCAACACAGUCAACAACACCCGCUUAGCCCUGGGCGGCAGGCUGUUUUACGAUCAUGGGGUCUAUUUCAUCCGCAACCUGGACUACGAGGCGCGGUAUCAGUUGGGAUUGAACACGAGCGAUCAGUCAAUUCCAUCCAUGAUGGAGACAGGGAGCGCGCUAGGCAUGCAGUGGAAUAUCACCCAGGCUGAUAGUGGAAUUUGGGAAUUGAGGAAUCUGCUGGUCGGGCAGGCCAAUGUGCUGGCUCUAAGUGAGAAUGCGAAGAGGCAGAAAGUGCCUGUGAUGAACACGAAUCCGACAGAGGGGAAAUGGACGAUGGACAUUAACCCAAGUGAGAAUGUGCAUACCACGGACUCGAUGAUGUCUCCGUUUCCUUCAAUAGAGAGCCCAACAGACUCCGCCUCGACAUCACCCAGCAGUCUCAGCGGCGGCGCCAUAGCUGGUAUAGUCGUCGGCUGUGUUGCCGCUGCUCUAAUAAUCCUGGCUGCUCUGUUCUUCUUUUUCCGGCGCUCUCGCCGACGUCAAGCCGCCCCAGCCACCAAAUCCAGAGAUGCUCCGGCUAACGACCAAAGCACGAGUCAGAAAUUACCGGAACUGGAGAGUAAUCUCACGGUAAGAGCUGAAUUGGAUGCCACUCGUCAGACUUCAGAGUUACCGGCCUACAGGCACGGGUGAUGAGUGCAGUGCAGCUGCAUUAUAGUAUACAUGUAUGCCUAAUUACUGCUGUUGUUUUCUUUUUUAAAAGCGUAUUUUCUGGCAAAUAUACUCCCUUUCGCUUUUUACUCAAGGGUGUGUUCUUAAUCAAACUAUUCUUCAAUAGACAUGUUUCAGUUCUUCAAGUAAGAGGGUAGAGAAGAAUAAAAUGGUUGUCUUGUGGAACUCGUUAAAUCUUGAUGGACUGCUACCUGUUGGCAGCGGAGAUGAAAGGCACGAGCUAAUGGAUUUCUGGUAUACACAACGUCAAGUACACUGGUUACCUAUCCUAAGGCGUAUAUGAUUGAACUGUCAGGAAUGUAUUCGUCGUGGUUGAUAUGCAAGAAGGUUGUCUAAUAAUUAUUAGGCAUGAAUGUCAGGCAUGUAGAAUGUGGC